GGGCAACCACGGCCUUGACCCCCGCCCGGCCCCGCGGCGCCGCCGCUCCCCGUGCGGGCCGUGUCCCCUCACGGCCGCGGGCGCGGCCCCUUUAAGAGGAGGCGCCCCCUUUGAGAGCGGCCCCGGCCGGGCUGCGGGCGGCCUGCGCGCGCGGCGCUCAGUGUGACGUCACUGCGCGACGCCGGCGGGGCUGCGCUGCCGCCAUGGCCGACAUGGCGGAUCUGUUCGGCAGCGACGCGGACUCGGAGCCGGAGCACAAAGACUCCGAUUCCGGCUCCGAUUCCGAUUCGGAGCAGGAGAACGCCGGCUCUGGGAGCAACGCCUCCGGCAGCGACAGCGACCAGGACGACGACAGGGAGGCCGUAAAACCCAGCAACAAGGAGCUGUUCGGGGAUGACAGCGAGGAUGAAGGAGCAUCCCAUCACUCGGGGAGCGACAACCACUCCGAGAGAUCCUACAACCGCUCCGAGGGCUCGGGGCACGAGGACAACGAGCAGUCGGACGGGGAGCAGCACAGCGCGUCCGAGGCCGCGCACGACGACGACGAGCACGGCUCCGAGGAGGGCAGCCAUCGCUCCGAGGGAGACGGCUCCGAGAAGGCACACUCAGAGGAUGAGAAGUGGGGCAAGGAGGACAAAAGCGAUCAGUCGGAUGAUGAGGAGAGGCAGCAGAACUCUGACGAUGAGGAGAGACAGCAGAACUCUGAUGAUGAGGAGAAGGUGCAGAACUCGGAUGAAGAUGAAAGGCCACAGGUGUCUGAUGAUGAGGAAAGACUGCAGAAUUCAGAUGAAGAGAAAAUGCAGAACUCUGAUGAUGAGGAAAGGCCACAGGCCUCAGAUGAGGAGAAGAUGCAGAACUCUGACGACGAUGAAAGGGCCCAGCGGUCUGAGGAGGAGAAGAUGCAGAACUCUGAUGAUGAGGAAAGGGCACAGCACUCUGAUGAGGAGGAGCAAGAGCACAAAUCUGAGUCUGCAAGGGGCAGCGACAGCGAGGAUGAAGUUCUGCGAAUGAAGCGGAAGAAACCGAUUGCAUCAGAUUCAGAAGCAGAGAGUGACACAGAAGGGCAGAAAGAGCAUGCAGAUGUCAUGGACCUGUUUGGAGGUGCCGAUGACAUUUCCUCAGGGAGUGAUGGAGAAGACAAGCCACCAACCCCAGGACAGCCCAUUGAUGAGAAUGGGCUGAGUCAAGAACAGCAGGAAGAAGAGCCUAUUCCAGAGACCAGAAUAGAGGUAGAAAUACCAAAAGUAAACACAGACUUGGGUAAUGAUUUGUAUUUUGUGAAGCUGCCCAACUUCCUCAGUGUGGAGCCCAGACCUUUUGAUCCCCAGUAUUAUGAAGAUGAAUUUGAAGAUGAGGAGAUGCUUGAUGAAGAAGGUAGAACUAGGUUAAAACUCAAGGUAGAAAACACAAUACGAUGGCGGAUGCGACGAGAUGAGGAAGGGAACGAGAUCAGAGAAAGUAAUGCAAGGAUAGUUAAAUGGUCAGAUGGAAGCAUGUCCCUCCACUUGGGCAAUGAGGUCUUUGACGUGUACAAGGCACCGCUACAAGGAGACCACAAUCAUUUGUUCAUCAGACAAGGGACUGGCCUGCAAGGACAGGCUGUGUUCAAGACCAAGUUAACCUUCAGGCCACACUCUACAGACAGUGCCACCCACAGGAAGAUGACUCUGUCUCUGGCAGACAGAUGUUCAAAAACCCAGAAAAUUCGUAUUUUGCCAAUGGCAGGCCGUGAUCCAGAGUCUCAGCGCACAGAAAUGAUCAAGAAAGAAGAGGAGAGGCUGAGGGCUUCCAUCCGCAGGGAGUCGCAGCAGCGGCGGAUGCGGGAGAAGCAGCACCAGCGGGGGCUGAGCGCCAGCUACCUGGAGCCUGACCGCUACGACGAGGAGGACGAGGGGGAUGAUGCAAUCAGUCUGGCAGCUAUCAAAAACAGAUACAAGGGUGGCAUCAGAGAGGAACGUGCUAGAAUCUACUCUUCUGACAGUGACGAAGGCUCAGAUGAAGAUAAAACCCAAAGACUACUCAAGGCAAAGAAACUUAAUAGUGAUGAGGAAGGUGAACCUUCUGGAAAGAGAAAAGCAGAUGAUGAUGACAAAGCAAGUAAGAAGCCUAAGAAGUAUGUGAUAAGUGAUGAAGAGGAGGAAGAUGAUGAUUAAUAUUAAGGAAGCGCAGCAGUUGAUUUUUUUGUUGUUUUUUUCUAUAUAUAUGUUUAUAUAUAUUGUACAGUUCUGUUAGAGCACAGAUGUAAGUAACCAUAAGGGGCUUAUUUUGAUAAAGGAAAAUUCCUAAGUCUGCGUUUCUGGUGUGAAUAAAGUUUUUUUGACUUCCUUUGA